AUGUCGACAACUCCAGCAGCGGCAAACACUGCCAAACCCAUUCAGGUCAAACUGGUCCUAUUAGGUGAAGCAGCUGUUGGCAAGUCAUCGCUAGUAUUACGGUUUGUCAACAAUGAAUUCCAAGAAAACAAGGAACCAACCAUUGGGGCUGCAUUCUUGACUCAAAAGUGUAAAUUGGAAGACAAGAUCAUCAAAUUCGAAAUCUGGGAUACCGCUGGUCAAGAACGAUUCCACUCCCUAGCCCCAAUGUAUUAUAGAAACGCUCAAGCCGCCAUCGUCGCUUAUGAUAUCACAAAGCCCGCCUCUCUGGAUAAAGCAAAGUCAUGGGUCAAGGAAUUGCAAAGACAAGCAAACCCAAAUAUAGUUAUUGCCUUGGUUGGAAACAAACUCGACUUGGAAUCUACUUCUCGUGCAAUCCCCACAGAAGAAGCUCAAUCAUACGCCAGUGAAGCCGGUCUCUUGUUUGCAGAAGCUUCAGCAAAGACGGGUGACAAUGUUAUGGAAGUGUUUACUGAUAUUGCCAAGAAAAUACCACUCGAACAAUUGGUGCAAUCUCGCUCACGAACAGGAUUAGCAGGAGCUGCUGGAAGUGGUGCAACUGGUGGAAGUGGCCGUGUGGAUUUGGAUGCUCAAGCUCGAGCCAAUGCUGCUGGAAACUGCUCAUGUUGA